AUGGCUUUGCAACAGUUUCCCGAUAAGUCUAAGGCUAUCAAGACUGCUGACGGCACGACAUACGCCUAUGUAGUCGUUGCCGCGAAGAAUCCUUCCAAAUCAACUUUUCUCCUCCUUCACGGUUUUCCCAGCUCAAGCUACGACUGGCGCCACCAAAUAAACAGCCUGACGGAACUCGGCCACGGCAUUAUUGCCCCAGAUCUACUUGGCUAUGGAGGAACAGAUUCACCAGCAGAGCUGGAGAAAUACAAGUUCAAGACGCAAGCUGGUCAUAUUGCCGAGAUCCUGAAAGCAGAAGGCGUUGCGCCAGUGAUUGGCGUCUCGCACGACUGGGGCUCAGGACUACUUUCUCGCGUCUACAACUACCACCCGGAGCUGCUCAAGGGGCUGGUCUUCCUCUCGGUUCCAUAUAUGGAACCCGGCCAAUUCAACCUAGCUGCUAUCAACGGUCUCACCGAGCAACUAUUCGGGUAUCCCGUCUUCGGAUACUGGCAGUUCUUCAACCGAGAUGACGCUGCGGACAUUUGCGACAAAAAUGUAGGUCUAACAUACUUCAUGUGUGUUCUCCGACGUGCCAUGACCGGAUCGCUAUCCGACAUUUGGAGCGUAAACUUCGGCAACGUGGCGAUGCAGCAGUCUCUAAGAAGUGGUAACUCAUCGCUUUCGUCAUUGUUAUACCCAAGCACACCUGAGGUGCAUCGUGAGCAUCUCUGCCCUUACGGAGCUGCGGAAGCUUUCAUCUCCUCCGGAAAACAAUCAGAGAUCCCCAGCUGGCUCUCCGAGGCCGAGGUCGCCACGCAUAACAAGAUUAUCGGUGAUAAGGGCUCUUCCGGACCCUUGAGCUGGUACAAGGUCACUGUACGAGGGUUGAACGACGAAGACGAAGCUACAGUCCCUGAUGAACGUAAGACAGUGAGUCUGCCGACGGUGUUCGUCAACUCAGACCAGGAUCCGAUCACGCGUGUCGAAGUAGCUGGCCAAAUCGCGCAGAGUGGCAAGUUGACAGACGUCAAGCUUGAGAUCAUUCAAGGAAGUGGCCACUGGAUCCAACUGGAGAAGAAGAACGAGCUGCUAGAGAUUCUGAAGACUUUCGCAGAGAAGCUCUAG